GCAUCGCCAGCCCAGUAGUGUCUGCUCAGCGGCUGCUGCUAUGGUCCGUGGAGCAUCGAGACGUUAGUGGUGAGAUUAACGUCCAGGUUUAGAGUUGACGGUCAGCAGAGUCGCGGAAGUAAACAAAAGAGGACUUACGCCUUGGAGAAUAUGAACAAAGUGGACGCACCAUGUCGACCCGCCGCCUCACUGAAAUUCACUAUUGACAACAUCCUCAACCUCAAGACAAGCGGGAGGAAUUGUGACAGUUGUCAUCCCGCCGGACUGCAGGAUGACUCGGCCACGGCGAUGCGCAAAGACGGUUUCCAGAGUCAUCACGAGGAGCACGGAGCCCAGCAGAGGCAGGAUGCGGGCAGCAGGCUCCAGGAAAGUGAGUUGACCACUGACUGCAGCGGAGCAACGGAAUCGGUCAUCAUGAGCCGCGGAGACCCGAGGAAGGCGACGGAGGUGCGCUUCGAGAGCGGGGACAGCAGCUGCGACGACAGUAGCUCCACCACCACGGCCACGGACGCCCACAAAGGAGGCAGCCCGGCCAAGAAGAGCAAAAUGAUAACGAAAAAGAAAACGCGCACUAUUUUUUCCAAGAGACAGAUUUUCCAGUUGGAGUCUACCUUCGACAUGAAACGCUAUCUGAGCAGCGCGGAGCGCGCCUGCCUCGCCAGCUCUCUCCAGCUGACGGAGACCCAGGUGAAAAUAUGGUUUCAGAACCGCAGGAAUAAGUUGAAACGACAAAUCUCGACCGAAAUCGACGGACCCGUUAGCGAUUUCCCCGAGACUGCAAAGCCCGUGGUGGUGGGGCAGCUCCCGGCCUUGUACAAAGAGAGCAACCUGCUGGGGAGAUGCCUGCUGCCCAUGCCACUGCCCGUGGUCUACCCGGGGAGUAGCACGCCUUACCUCUGCUUCUCAAACGCCAGCAAGUACUUCAGCCUGUACGACGGGGACGUAUGAUGGUUUUAAUUAUUCUCCACGUGAAAGGGACACUUUUUGGUGGUCUGUGGCCAAGUUUGAAGCAUUUAAGGUGUUUAGAUGGUGGGGCCGGACCUGUGGCCUUAACUGUUUAUGAAGACUGCAAGUAUUACGUCAGGACGACAGGAGUAGUUACAUAUCACAUUAAAAUAAGCUGGUUGGGUUUUAUUUAUUUUUCAUUCAGUUAUGGGUUUUUUAUAGGCCUGACACUAAACCUGCUACAGUUAGGCUGCCCAAAGCCGUUUGUAGAAAAUAGCAGGUUAAGCUAAUGAUAGCCUGAGGGAGGCCUAAAACGGUAUCAAUCUCCACAUUUUAUUCUCUACAUGGCAUUAUUAUUAUUAUUAUUAUUAUUAUUAUUAUUAUUAUGGACAACAGCAUUUCCAGCAGCCU